GAUUGGGUUCCUCGUGGCUUGACAAGCUGCCGACUAGAAGGGCAUGGCGCCAGGAAGACACGUCCAAGCAUUGGUGAUAAUUAUAAUCUUCCCAGCUAUAAGUCUUGUCCUGGUCUCGUUGCGUAUUUUCUCUAGGUUUUUGUCGAAGAAUUGGGGCUGGGAUGAUGUAUUCGUGGUAAUUGCAAUGAUUAUAUCUAUAGGGAUGUGUGUGACCAGUUGGGGAUAUACAAAGUAUGCCUCCCAAGGGUUUCCGCCAACAUAUUUUCCGCCGGACAGCUUCAGAUUGAGUGUCUUGGGCGAACAAUACAACCUUGCAAAUCAGCUUCUUUAUUUUCCCAUCCUCACCUUCGUGAGGGCAUCUAUCAUUACGUUCAUCCUCCGUCUGCACGGUCUUCGUAAGUUCGUCAUACAGUCACUUCGCAUUUUGUUCGUCAUCAACUUCUGUGUCGGGAUCGCUAUCUUCUUUGCCGACCUUUUCCAAUGCACGCCCCUACAAUAUGCUUGGGAUUCCGAGGAAUUGGAUCGCAAAGCUCAGGAAGCUGCUGGGGCGGAUGAAAAUGGGAUGAAAAAUGGAAAGCUGAUCAGAGGGGGGGGAUGCAUUAAAGGGAAGGCAUUUUUUAUCUCAAUGGCACUGCUGUCAAUAGCCCUUGAUUGCUGGCUUCUGACCAUUCCUUCCGCCAUCGUUUGGGGGAUAAACAUGCCAAGGAGGCAAAAAUUUAUGGUUGUGGGUGUACUGAGUAUAGGAGUUGUGGUGACGAUUUUUGCAAUAAUACGGUUAAUACUAGUAUCUGGCAAUUUUGACUUACCCACCCUGGAGCGGGCAUACGAUAUCGAAUACACAUUUUCGAACAUAGAAACAAACUGCGCAAUCUGGGCGGCGGCAGUCCCAGCGUUAAAAUCACUUAUUGCACGGCUAUCUCCCCGAUUAUGGCAAAUAGCGACGGCGCCAUCAUUACCAUAUCCUGUUUCGUCUAAACUGCCACCGGCUUCAAGUUUCCCGAGUCCGAUACCGCCAAUCGCAGGCAGCGAGAAUGGAUAUCGCACUCCUUUUGGUACCGAUGCCCACUCAUAUCCACUAGGCUCAUUGCCGCCGCUGAGACGUAUCAAUGAUAGCGAAGCGGAGAUUCGGCGGUUCGAAUACGAUUCGAAAGUCUCAAGCUUGUUUCGCUCCGGGCACAAUUAUAUUCCCGACGGUCUUUCGUCGGAAGGUGCAAUGUCAGUACAUUCUGGAUCCUCGAAUCGACAGACUCCAUCGGACCCGAAACUGGCGCCACGAAGGGAGAAUGAAAAGAGGUUUCUUCUAUCUCCUUCCGCAACUCCAACAGGUUCAGUGCAGAGUGCGGGGUCAUCUCGCGCACACUCCCGGACUGUUGAAGGCAAUGAGGGUCCGUUAGAACGCGGUGAUUCGGUGGACUGAAGAGUCUACGGUUUUAGAGAGCCAACCAUAUCGCCUACGAAUGAA